AUGGGUCAGGAUCUCAGAGGCAAACACCGGGAUGUAGUGGCCUCCGUAGGACUCUCCAGCAAUGUGGAAGUCGUUUUUCAGCAAGUGUGGGAAUUGCUGGUAGAACAGUUCGAGGAAUGCAUACACAUCCUUACCGGCUGCAACGGUGUUGGACACAGAUUGGGAGGAGUACGAGAAUCCGACAUUGACUGGCUGGUCAAGGAACACAACGGUUGCGUUGGAGUUCCACGAGUACUUGUUGUAGAUUGGCUUGAGGUCUGGACCGAUGGAGGAGGAUCCCAAUUCGAAGAACAAACCGGUCAAGGAAGAACAACCUGGACCUCCGUUAAGCCAGAGAAUCACUGGGUCGUUCUUAGGAUCGUUUCUGGACUCAAAGGCCCAGUAGAAAAAGUGCUUGUCUUCAUCUUCCACAUCCAGGUAUCCAGAAUAUUGCUUGGUGUGGUCGAUUCCCAAGUCACCAGGGUUGGUUUCCUUGACUCUCAACUUGUAAUUGGACAGUUUGUCGUUUUGAACGUGAGCGUCCCAGAAAGUGGUUGGCUUCUUGGUGAUCUUGAAACUAGGUUCAGACUUGACUGUCAUGCUUUGGAUAGCAUCAGGGAACUUCAUUUCCAUUUCUCCCCACAGUUCCUUCAUCUCGGCAGUCAAACCUUCGGUGGACUCGCCAAGAGCCUCAGAAACAGUGUCAAGGAAAGAUUUCCCCUUGUUCAAAAGCUCCUGGGGAAUGGAGAGGUCCAGCUCCAAAGGCUGCUGUCCCAGGGCGUGUCUAUUGAUGGAAAGAGCCUGGCUGUUUCCAAUGCACAGACUCACCAGAGUCAAAAGUGGCAGUGA